UAGUCGGUUUACCACUGGCCGCCCUCGAGUGGCCAUUCGUUGUCCAGAAGCCAGAGGUUUCCUCUGAUUUCUUAUCAACAUUUUGGCAAUUUCCGGGAGGAUGAGGAUCCUCGCUGGACACUAUCCUAUUCUUGUUGAAGUCUCUAUAUAUCUCUUUGCCCUUGACUCGACGACAAUAGCUGAAGAGACACGGCAGAAGCGGUAUUUGGUAUUUCCAACACCCGGCACUUUUGCCGCGACAAAAGUUCAGGUGAUAGCAGGUCUUGGUCUGCCGAUGGACGUGGAUGUCAGUACCAUAAUCGGAUAUGUUGUGAAAUUCAAUUACGCCCUUCCAUACAACGCCUCUUACCUGACAGAUCCCUACGUACGUUAUGAAAGAUCGAUCGAUGGCUUUCAGAAGGAAAUCAGCGAAGAAUCUAAUCAACAAGGCUCAUCCCUCGGAUCCAUUUCACGAUGGGAUAUAUACCGAAUGAUCGAGUCUAGUCUGGAUGCUCUUGGAUCAGGGAGAAGCUGCCUCUUAAGGCUGAUUUGCGAGGCAGCCGCUCUCCCAUUUUCAAAAUACCCCGCUAUUUCACCGCACCUCAUUCACCUUCUACUCACGCCAUCAUCGACCCCAGAAUCAUAUGAAAAUCCAGAAGAGCAGGAAUAUCACGCCGCUGAACUCCUAGGGCGUAAAAUCCCCGAGGCCUGCAACCACUUGUUCAAAGAAUGUUCCGAGAACAUCAUCGACUAUUUCACAGAUAUCGUAAAUGACUAAUAACUCCAUCAUCGACAGGAAAGAAUUCAACGAGCAGCCGAGGGCGAGGAACGAAAAAAAUAUAAAACAGUGAAAUAAAAACUGUAGACCAAAAAAUCAAAACAAAGAGUCAGCAGAGAGCGAAAAAAAAAUCCACAGCACAAUGGCAUCGAAACGUGACGCAGUUAUCGGAUGUUAUUGGCAUUUUUGUCGCUCGAUAACAGGUGCGCAUGGUUGGGUGAGGGGGUGGUUUGAAUUUAUUGAAACGGUGGAGAUCAUGGUAAGCAGCAGAAAGAGAGGUCAACCCCAAACCCAAGCGAUGCGAAUAAAUAGAGGGUG